AUGCUUGCCACGAACACCCAGCCACGUCUCACCGCCACUGAGCGGGCAAUCGUCAAGUCCUAUGGAGGCUGGGCUCAGUUCAUGAUAACUUUCGGGUUGAUGCCUUACUUCGAGGACGAUGCUCGGGAGGCCAAGCUCAUGCUUGAGUCCUUUGCGGAAGAAUAUGAAGCGGAAGAGGAGGAAGAAAAGAAGGAGGAGGAGGAGGAGAAGAAGAAGGGAAAGCAAAAGGGGGCGCAGUGA